GUAUUGUUGGCACAAUGAUGGGCAAUGCCAAUGCUAACGCCGGUGCCUAUAUGCCUACUUAUAUCGCGCCUGUGCUCCAAAUUUUAAAAUCAAGUUUGGCCCGUGCCAUAAACAUUUUUUUGUACAGACAUAUGCGG